GAGAGGAGGGAGGGGGCGCCACGUCACGUGAUGCGGUGGCCGCAGCAGCGACACCUCCUCCCCACCACGUCUGUUUACACCGCCCCCCCUCUGCGUGUGUGGGGGAGCGUGAUGACGUAGAGACGCGCCGGGAAGCGCCACCGCUACGCGAGACGAGUCUCGCGCCGCGUUCCCCACCAGUCCCCCUCCACCCCGCCGCCAGGUUCUGCCUCUCGCGUCGGCUCUUUGCGUGCCCGUCGCGAGGCGCGGCGGCGGCUGGCAGGCGGGCGGGCGGUUGCCAUGGCGCUGGCGGCGGGCCCCGGGCCUGGGGGCGGCGGCGCGGCGUCUGCCGCUGCGGCGGGCGAGACGAAGGUGAUCUACCACCUGGACGAGGAGGAGACGCCCUACCUGGUGAAGAUCCCCGUGCCCGCCGAGCGCAUCACCCUGGGCCACGUCAAGGCGGCGCUCGCCCGGCCCGGCGCCAAGUACUUCUUCAAGAGCAUGGACCAGGACUUCGGGGUUGUGAAGGAGGAGAUCUCGGACGACAACGCAAAGCUCCCUUGCUUCAACGGCAGAGUCGUUUCCUGGCUUGUGUCUUCCGAGACCCCCCAGCCUGAGCUUCCUCCGCCUCCACCUCCCAUAGAGGUACGGCCAGAGCCUUCCCCGCCACCGCCCCCACUUCCCCCAUUGCCUGUGGAGCGGACAAGCGGCAUUGGAGAUUCCCGACCCCCUUCCUUCCACCCAAACAUCUCAAGCAGCCACGAGAACCUUGACCACGAAACCGAGAUGGAGUCUGUCGUGUCGUUGAGGCGGGAGCGGCCACGCCGCAGGGAGAGCAUGGAGCAUGGUGGAGGUGGGCACCGGCUAAAUGGGCAGUCACGGUUGGAGCGGCACCUGGCUGGGUAUGAGAGCUCCUCCACCUUGCUCACCAGCGAACUGGAGACCACCAGCCUCUGUGACUCGGAAGACGACGACACCAUGAGCAGAUUCAGCAGCUCCACGGAGCAGAGUAGCGCCUCACGCCUCCUCAAGCGCCAUCGCAGGCGGCGGAAGCAGCGCCCACCACGUCUGGAGCGGACUUCAUCCUUCAGCAGCGUCACAGAUUCUACCAUGUCCCUCAACAUCAUAACCGUUACCCUGAAUAUGGAAAAGUACAACUUCCUGGGCAUCUCCAUUGUGGGGCAAAGCAACGAGCGAGGGGACGGCGGCAUCUACAUUGGCUCCAUUAUGAAAGGUGGGGCCGUUGCGGCAGAUGGCCGGAUUGAGCCCGGAGACAUGCUGCUCCAGGUCAACGACAUUAAUUUUGAGAACAUGAGCAAUGAUGACGCUGUGAGAGUCUUGAGGGAAAUUGUCCAUAAGCCAGGCCCGAUCGUGCUGACGGUGGCCAAGUGCUGGGACCCCUCCCCACAAGGCUAUUUCACCCUGCCUAGAAAUGAGCCAAUCCAGCCAAUCGACCCAGCGGCUUGGGUGUCCCAUUCAGCUGCCCUGACUGGGGCCUUCGCUGCCUACCCUGGGAGCAGCUCCAUGAGCACCAUCACCUCGGGGACCUCUGUCACCGAGACAGAACGCUUUGAUGACUUCAACCUGUCCAUCCACACGGACAUGGCCUCGGUUACUAAGGCAAUGGCUUCUCCAGAGUCUGGCCUGGAGGUGCGGGACCGAAUGUGGCUGAAGAUCACCAUCCCAAACGCUUUUCUAGGCUCAGAUGUGGUCGACUGGCUGUACCAUCACGUGGAGGGGUUCCAGGACCGCCGGGAGGCUCGCAAAUACGCCAGCAACCUGCUGAAGGCCGGCUUCAUCCGGCACACGGUCAACAAGAUCACUUUCUCUGAGCAGUGCUACUACAUCUUUGGCGACUUCAGUGGCUGCGAGAACUACAUGGCCAACCUCUCCCUCAACGACAACGACGGCUCCAGCGGGGCCUCUGACCAGGACACCCUGGCCCCGCUGCCCCUGCCGGGCACCACCCCUUGGCCCCUGAUGCCAACCUUCUCCUACCAGUAUCCUGCCCCCCACCCAUACAGCACCCAGCCCCCACCGUACCAUGAGCUCUCUUCCUACAGCUACGGCAUGGGGAGCGCCGGCAGUCAGCACAGUGAAGGCAGUCGGAGCAGCGGGUCGAAUCGCAGUGACGGUGGGGGAGGCGGCAGCGGUGGGGCCGGCCGCGGAGCCAGUAAGCACAAGGAGGAGAAGGCGGCAGGGGCGGAUUCCAAAUCGGGCAGCGGGAGCGAGUCGGAGUACUCGACCCGCAGUGGCAGCCAGCGUGGCGGGGUGGCGGUUGGACCAGCGAGUGGGGAGGGGGCUUCGCAGCGCAGCCACCACAGCCUGGGGGGCGGCAGUGUGCGCUCCCACCACUCCCUGCAUGCGGCCUACGCCGCCCCCGGGGGGAUGCCCUUGGCCUAUAACCCCAUGGUGGUGAUGAUGGUCCCGCCCCCUGCCCCUCCAUCUGCUGCAGCAGCUGCUGCUGCUGCAGCCGCUGUGCAGCCCCCUGGGGCGCCCCCAGUGCGUGACUUGGGCUCUGUGCCGCCUGAGCUUACUGCUAGCCGCCAGUCAUUCCACAUGGCCAUGGGCAACCCCAGUGAGUUUUUUGUGGAUGUGAUGUGACCGCGGCUGGUGGCCUGAAGCCCGCCUCCCGCUCACCACUGUGCCCUCCAUCCAAAAGCCUUCCAGAACCCUCUAACCUCCACCUGUAGUUUGUGGCCUCUCGACCACAAAAGAGCCUUUCAGUAUUGGAUGGACCAAACACUUGCUUCCUGUUGCCGUGCGACGCAGCGCUGAUACUGCCUGACGCUGCUGGUAGUCAAGCACCAGCCACUCAGCUGGUGACUCGUCCCUCUGACUCAGCCAGAAGCAAUAUGGCUUUCAUCCAUAACACUGCAGUCAUGUGAAUUAUCUUAGGACUCACGUGACUCUCAAUAGCCUUGCCAAUGCCACAUCCUUCACCAGCAGAGCCGUUUGCCUUUAGCCAACGAUUAGCCUCUUUUCACGUGGCCUCUGGCCAUCUGAGAUAACUUGACAGGUCCUCCACACUUAACCAUGUUACACCGGCUCAGACUUCCAUGUUGUGAGCCUUCCUUACUUUUUUUUUUUUUUUAGAAAAAAUAAUACCAUGGCUGGCUUGGCCACUUCUUAAUCAUCUGACUCAGGUCUCUAGAAUCAUGUGACCUCUGCCUCCUGUUUUAUCUCUACCUUGACAUGAUGCACAUGACAACCUGAUGUUCUAUUAAUUUUGAGCCCUCUUGGGUUCUGUGGUCACGUGGCCACCUUUCAAACAUCACAUGGUCUUCCCAGCAGUCCAGUGCAGAAGCUCAGUGGCGCGCCAGGCCCACCUGGCUUUUGCAUCCUCCUGUCACAUGACCUGGCCUUUUUUGAGGUUUUUUGAACAAGUGGGUCUUGCUGCCUUUCUGUCGCCUGGGUACAUGUCAUGUGACUCCCUCCUCUCUUCCGCCCUCUCUCAGCAGAAGAGUAGAUUUGUUGGUACUUCUGAACGACAGCACCCCGUCACCCCUCUUGACCAUCCCAAAGCCGGUGUCAAUGAAGUGGUACUUUUGUGCUUUUUUUAAUUAAAGAGAUUUUUUUCUUAAAUGAUUUUUUCAUAUUUUUGGAGUUAAGACAGUUCGUUUUUUUAAAAUAAACUUCCUUUUGUAUAAAAGCCCUCCCAACCAUCCCUAAACCUCACUUUUUACGCUACACUCCCUCCCCCUCCCCAUGUGAGGUCAGUUUUUGUCUUGUCUUCGCUUCUACGAACACUACAACUCUUUCCAUUUUGAAGGGUUUGCAACCAAAGCGUCGCUUGCAGUGUUAGUGUCCAGGGCCACUGUCACAAUUGGGCUUCCCUCCCUCACUCCCUCUUUAUGUUGUCUGUAGCCGGUUGCUGUUCCAGCAGCUGAAGUUUUUUAAUCUCGAAGGAGGGAGGUCACUCGAGGCAAAAAUUCCAACAUCGCUAGCUCUGAGUCUAGAUCAGCCUGUUUGUGUUGUGCAGGAAUCACGAUGAUUCUGGAGCCAAAGGGAAGUUCCCUUCUGCCAAUGAAGGAGCAAAGUUUGUUCUGUCAGAUGAAGGGAACCUAAUGUGGUUCUAACCUGACAUGGAGAGCAUCAUGUGCGUGACAGUAUUGGGGGUGGGUGGCGGUGACAGCGGCAUAGGUCAGGGCUAGAGUACCUCCUUUGUUCAUAGAAGCCGCAAAGUCUAAGCCUCCACAACUCCCAGUUAGAAAAGACAGAGGGUUGUGGGCUGGAAAAUUCUCCCCUCUCCCUCCCCAACACCCCCCCCCCCGAAAAGACCUUGGAGAGCCGUUGCCUGUUUUCCCACAGUCCCUAAAUUUCGUUUUUGAGAGAUGCCAGCAUUAUAAGCCCCUCUCUGGGUGUGAUCUUCAGCUACUUUUGAAAGUGGAGUGACUUGGUGUACAGACUGAUGCUCCCUUCGUUGGUUUUGCCAAAAUAUAUACAUGAUUUUUUGAACAUUUAAGUCUGGAGAAAAGAAAGGUGAUGUGGGUGGGCAAGAUAAUAAUUCCCAGAGAAACACUGGCUGUGUCUGCACGUCGCGGUGAGUGUAAACCUUGGUUUACCGUAUGUGAGUUGAUUGCUGCCACUUCACUCCUUCAUGCUCAGGAGAGAAGUCACAAUUCCUAGCUUAGCAUUCCAGGGAUUGUGGUUUCUAUGGAGCAAAAUAAACCACAAUUCCCCGAGUCAGGGAUUGUGGUGUUUGUCUCCUCCGUGCAUGUGAGGAGGAGUGGAGUGGGUGUAAGGACACGGGAAAAGCCUGGCGGCUGGAUCAGGCCAGAGGGAGCCCAUGCAAUCCGGCAUCUUGUUCUCUCAGUGGCCAGCCAGCUGCCUCUUACAGGAAGCCUGGCACAGUCCGCUCAUUCAUGGUGAGCCCACGGUUUCACGGUUUACUGUGACACGUGAACACGACCACUGAGACUGAACUGGGGUAUAGAAUAUUUGGGGGGUAUACAUAACCCACAGUUUAUUUCUAGCUAGGAUAGUCAGGAUGCAACUUUGAGAGACGAGAUUCCUAGACAGUUCCAAGUCAGUCCAGGCGCUCCUGUGGAACAGGACUUUUCCUUAUCUUGAUGGGAAGGUUGUGAAUCCAGCGAUACCUCUUCCAGUGUCCACACCAGAAGUAGGGUGAGUGGAUGUUGAAAUUUUGGAAUUGCCUCGUGUCGCCUCCCGGACAAUGCCAGGGAGUAUUUUGGGCUCCUGCUUUGGGUCCUCUUUCAUUUUACACUCUUGAGUUGCUGUCCCAUUCAGAGAUGUAGCAUUCUUGCCCUGGAUCCUAGAGUCUCAUCUGGGGAAGAAAGUAAAGUGGACGUUGCCACAUCAUCCCCCCACCCCACCCUCUCUCCUCCAGCAGGGUACGAACUCCCUCUCUCCCCAGCCCCACCCUCUCUCCAAUGGUGCUAUAUUGCCCCAGCAGGCACGAUCCCACCACAAUGUCUCGAAAGUUGCAGCUGGAGACAUCCCCUAGGGAGCGGGCCCCCAAGUAUUUAGCCCUCCCCUUUCCCUAGGGGCCCGUGCCUGCAUGUGUGUGUGUGAUCUGUAGCAGAUAACUAUUUUGUAAUAACAUAUUUAUUUUUUAGCUCUUUUGUGUACAAAAAAAAUUCAGUAAAAAAAUUCUAAUAAAGCCAAAGUAUGUG